UUAACACAAAAAGCAAGAGAAGAAGUAAGGGUGGAACUAGCCGAGAUCAACAAAUCCAGGGAAAAACUGGAAAGUGAAAAGAAAUCUCUCAUGGGAGAAUGCAACCGUUUGAAGAGUGAAGUUUUACAUUUAAAAACCAAUCUUGCAGAAUGUAACAAGAAACUCCUGACCCAGUCCCAAAGCAAAACAGAGCAGGUUAACCAAAAUAACACAAACAAUGAACUACUUUCAGAGGCAAGUGAAAAAUCACAGGGACAAAAAAAGGACCACAAAGAUGAUAUGCAUUCUUAUGCCAACCCACAGAAAGAGGCCAUUGGAAAUUCAACAGCAAAGAACAAAUUCAGUGAUCAGAAUAUCCAGACAGAUAUUUUUAUGCAUCAACUCAGGAACUUAUCAUUACAUACUAGAGAUGACGAUGAUGAUGUAUUUCAUGAAAGAAGGAAAGGUUUGCCAGCUCUGUCAGAAAGGCCCCAUAGUACUAGAAGUGAUCCUGGUGGAUCCUCCUCCAUGCAUCGUUCAUUAAGCUUACCUUCCAAACUAGUCAGUUUACCUGAACAGGGACCUUUCGUGCACUUGAAAAACAUUGGCGGACGUUCACGAACCAAAACACAUCCUGCAAGUGGCCCUUCACUGCCACCUAUUGCUCAAGGAUUCCAAGAAAAAACUGACCAAUCAGUUACUGUGUCUCCACAGACUGGUGCUUUCAUUGCCCUUGACGACAAGUCCUCUAUUAGUAUACAGCGUGGUGCAGUCAAAACCAAGACACAAGUCACUGCCAAGAUGUGCAAAGAUAACAUGCAGCUACAACAGAAGCUGGUAAAAGGUGACCUAUCUGAUGAAAUAUGUCUUGGAAAUUGUUACAAUAUCAACUCACAGCCAGACGUCAAUUUUGCUUGCAGCGUCCGCACAAAACCUCCAGGGCAGUUUAAUUCUCUGUUUGUUCAUCAAAGUACAGUUCACAAAAGAAGGGCACAGUCAUCUCAGCCAGAUAAACCAAACAAAAAGUUUGCUGCUGCCUUGCCAGAUGACAACAUAACAGAUAUCACAGACCAAUUAAAUUAUACUCAGGAUGACAAUGGAGUGACCUACCAGAUCAAUGGUUCUGGUCAGUACCAGGAAUUCUGGGUAAUCCUAAAGGAGAAGGAAGAUGACUUGAAAAAGCAAAAGGAAAUAAUCAAACGAUUACAAAAACGUUUGGCAAAUCUGCGAAAGUUAGACAUAUGUAUGUGUGACAUCACAUUAUUCAUACCACAAACAAUCCCCAAUAACUAUCUUUGCCUUAUAUUCACCAAUCAAGAGGUGCAAAGGAACUGCUCACUGUAUAUUCAAUACAACACAAACCCAUCGUUCAUCAAUAGAGCAUAUCAGCCGUCCAGUGCUUAUGUUCACCACCAAGACGAGAUCACAAUCAAAAAUCCCACAACAGAAGCACCUCUACAUGUGUUAAAAGUGAACAUGUUGGAGUUGAGAGGCAAGGGUAUGGAAGUUAAAGUAGGUCUAGGGAAUAGUACCAUCCCCAGCAUGCUGCAAGUAGUCAACACGACACACAACCCAGUACAAUACAACAGGAGGAGAGUACUGUGUAACAUUCCAACAUUACUAGCUGCUGAAAUAGAACAAGGGAUGCCUUACCAAGACAGGCUGAGAAGCAACUGGUGUGACAUCAUAGAAAAUUUGGAUGACUCUGGCGUCAUCAAUUACUUGUACCAAGAACAUGUUCUCAGCAGUCGUCAGAUGAAUGAGGUCAAAGAUAAGAGUGUGAAGCAAGAGAGAAAUGAAAAGCUGCUUGGAAUACUGAUGACAGUUGGGGAGAGAGGAUAUCAUAUAUUCUGUGAUGCACUGCGUCAGAGUGAAGGGUCUGCAUGGUUGGAGCAGCGUUUAAAUAACACUUAG